ACCAGGUCUUUGCGCGAUCUGCGAUUUCGCAGGCCUUCACAAAAGCUAUCAAAAGAUGGAGGGAAGACAAUGCCCAUGUACGCCUCGACGGGCUCAGAACGGCUAAAGACGCCCAAGUCGCGACCCCCUAUACCAGGCACAGGCUCAGGAACUCCCAAACCCUUGCUCCCAGUUUCGGAGCGCAAAUCAAACGACACCACCAGUCCUAUCAGUACAUGGCGGAAAUAUGGGCAGGGGAGUCGCGAUUUCGACAUUACCCCAGAUGGAGGCUCUGCAGGACGCGAAGGAAGACACUUUGCCGUAGCGAAUGUCGGGCACAAUGGGCGCAUUUACCUGAGGCCAACUAUUCGCCCGGCUAACCAGCGCUACCCGCAACCGCCCUUCGUAUUUCCCAUGACACCGCCCGAUACAGCUGGUCUGGAGCACUCAUCUUCAGAAAAGGACGAUACUUUUGGAGAAAGUACCAAAAUGUUCGACAACCAAUGGGCUCAAACACCAGACCUCCCUACCCCGCCUAUCACGAGGCGCGACUACCUGGGGAGUCUUAGAAGGCCAGGACAUCGCCGAGCCGCAUCUGAUUCGACCCUUGCCGACGGAAAUGUGGUUCGCGAACCCGAAACCGGGGGCUUCAAGGUCAUUAUUACCCAACCCAGCGAAGGCACGCGACCCAGGACUGUUGAGGAUACGGACAUGACCAGCUCGCCAUUGCUGGAAGUAGCCAUACCGUCCUGGAGGAUAGGCACUCCCAGAUUUAGCAUUCGAGGAACGCCCUGUAUCCGAGGGUCAUCUUAUGCUCCGACCGAAGAGAUACUCUCAAGUAGCGCCUCCGUUGAGGACCGUCGUAUCAACAGCACCAUGGCAAAUUGUUCGGCGACUCCAGGCACAGGCCCCAUUCAUGGUAUGGAUUUUGCUAUUAGCAACCACCGUAUCUCGGACAAUCCUGUCUCGUCAACGUCUCCUGCUUCUGAUCGGCCGCUGCGCUCAACCCACAUGUCGACUCACCUCGUGAUUGAGCCCGCCAUGUUUGACGAGCUGACCUUCAAACCUGCCUGCGAUGAUCGACUUAUUGUUAGGUAUUCGCCAAAUACCGGUGCCGUGACUGCCGCUACGCCGCCUCGUCUGGUUGCAGAGAUCACCUCGCCUUCCUUUCUGGAUUAUGACCUCGUGUCUGACUUCUUCCUCACGUAUCGACAGUUCCUCGAUUCUCACGACUUGCUUUCCAUGCUGUUCGCGCGCCUUCGAUGGGCUUUGGCAAGAGAGGGUGACUUGGGGACGGUGGUGCGUGUUCGUACUUUUGUAGCCCUCCGACACUGGAUUCUCAACUACUUCGUGGACGAUUUCGUUGUCGACUACGACUUGCGCGUUUCUUUCUGUAACCUCUUGAACGAUGUGGUCGACGAGUGGGCUGAGGUAUCCAAGGCGCACAAGAUAGAGAUGAAGACUCUACCUGAGCUCAAGAAGUGCUGGAGGAGAAUCUGUUCGCAAUUCUGGGAUGGGCCUGACUUCGACGCUUCCUUGGCAGCCGAUAUUCCCAUCACCCCAGGAGGUAUCGCAGGCCAUCGUGACCCAAACUUGACUCCCAGCUUCUGGGUCAAAUACGACAAAGGUCCGCCCCAGUUGGACGAGCUAAAUGUCCUGACGACCCCUCGCGGACCAACGAGCUUCUACGCCGAGAUCGCGAAGGCUGGACAUAUCGAUUCCAUUAUUGUGGGUGAAAGGCCAGGGACUCCCGAAAACCCAGAGAUCGAUGAACCUCAGAGGAAUCAGGCCUCGCCAACCAGCGUCACAAGCGUCGAGGUUGUAUCGUGCUCAUUCCCGAUUAAGAGUUCGCGACAUACGCAAGUAGGAUCCAACCGUCCGUUGACUGCUCACCCAGCGGACCCCAGCUCCGUAUACAAUACCACCGAAGGCAUAGCGACUACUCCUCGCUCCCUUACAGGCAAACGUGUCCGACCUCAGCACUCUUCGCACAAGCGGAACAACAGCUUGAGUGAUUCUCUUCAUGAUCACGCCACUUUGACGGAAAGGGUUUUGUACAAAAAUGCCGAGUUCCUUUUGACGCUGCCAUAUGCGGGAAGCCUUAUCCAAGGUAACAUCUUUCCGCCUGGGCAAGCCUUUGUUGAGGUACGUCCAAAUAGUGCCAUGGGUGACCCUUCCAGCCAGACCACUGUCUUUCAACCGGUAGAGGUGCGGAAGGAUAAGUUCAUAGGGUCGGCCAUGUCCAGCCAUGGGAUGAAGAAGCUGCUCGGAAGCGUCCGGCGCGCGUUGAGCCACAAGACGUCAACACAUCCAUCCAAUCAAACAAUGUUGGCCAACAUCUCGCCCAUCGGGCCAGAGGGCGCAACAACGAACCGGCCUCCAGGGACAGCAGUCGUACCGCAAUCGAAAGCUCGCCAGAACGGAGUCCGACCACCUGUGCGUAUUGAUCUGCUCGGCGCUGGAGUCGCGGAGGACUUUAAGAAAGCGAUACGCGAAGAUGCUGCUGUGGAAGCCGAAAAACUCGAAUACGCUGUUCCUCCGGCAACUAGAAACGAAGAAGCCAAAAGUCACGGGAACGCGAUGGAAUAUUCGGCUGCACACAUGGACACGGCGUUUAACCUUCGCAGUGUUGAAGAUGUACAACCUAGGAGCGAUAUGGGGAUAUCAUCUGGCAGCGACUCGAUUGUCAUUGUCGAUGGUACCACCCUUCAACCUGUAAUGUCCGGAGCGUUGCCAGCUGCCAGUUCAUCGGCAUCAUUUUCGCAUUCGUUCAUCCCAAUCACUGCGGAUCCAACGCCACCAAAUACGCCGCCAGAUCUACAACAGGGAACACCAAGAACGUCUUCAUACAUUCUGGGCCAACGAGUCCUUCGCAACUCGGUCUCGACCAAUCAGGCGUCGCCGAUUAUACUUGACUCUACUCCUGGAGAAGGGGAAGACCUCCCAUCAGACGAUUUCGGUCAGCCAUCUAUUGAUCAUGUCAUGCAAGACUUUGAUCAGACCCCCCGGAGCGGGCUGCGUGGGCAUUUCAGAAAUCUUUCAAGCAGAUCACAGCAUUCAACUUGGUCGGCAAGGCAUGGACGAUUCGCGUCAUAUACUAGCGAUAUUAUACCACAGCCAACCGUUAGGAGCUUCGAUGCUACGACAUAUUCGGAGGAGUCCGUGGCUGAUGACUCGUCCCAAGUCCUCAUUCCGCAGCCGCUUCGAAUUCUAAGAAGGAGGCCAGGAGGUGACCUUCGUGCUGUGACCAAUGUUGGCGAUCUGGAUCAUCCACCGCUGAGAACAUCCCGCUCGGUCGGAUCCCUUACAACGUAUACCGACUCGUUCGCAAGUUCGUUCAUACGAAGUCCAGCCCAUCAAGACUCCAGUAGCUUCGUGGAUGUUGUCACGGGUGACAACAAUCGGCCAGAAAUGUUUUCUCUCGGAGCACUCGCUGAGCAAAACCCGAAAAAACGUCAUCUGUCCCUCUUCAGCACUCAUUCAUCGAAGCCGGUGAUGCGCCCAUCAUUCGAGGCUGAGGCGAUCAAAUUGGCGCAGAUUCCUGACGAUGAAGAGGAUGGCGGUGUCGAGGCCGCACUUCUCAAGUUGGAAGGAAAAUACGAAAGAAAGUCAACUAUUCGCUUGUCCAUGGAUUUACCUAAAUUCAAGGUCGAACAGAAAACCAAUCCUCUUCCGACGCAGCCUGAGGAGGUCACGGGAGAUGAGAGGGUGGAUCAACGACACGUGCGCGCUGCCGGGAAGAAUAUCUAUAUGCCACCUUCACCUACGACACCUGCGCCAAUGGAUAUAGCUGACAGCUAUCUGGACGUCACUCCCCGUCAGCACCGGAUUACCAAUGCCGAAUCCUUCAUUUCUGCUACUUCCAGGGACUCCUACAAUUCGAGCCCUCUGCUGGAGCAGGAAAUGAUGGACAAUUAUGGUGUCAACCAGGAUACCCUGCAAUCAUGGACCGAUCGUUCCAUCCUGCAGCCUCCUUCCUCUGAUGAGCAGAGUGUACAAAGCUCCCAACACCCUUCUACAGCUUCGUUUGACUUUGUGGAGAAAGCGGACAGCAUGGAGCCCGUCAAGGUUGACGACGCAAUACCCACUGCAGAGCCAGAACAGUCUUUCUUGACAUUGGAAAGUGAAGAUGACACAGACCUGUCUUCGGAAAUGUCUGCAGAACCAUUCGAUGCGAGUGUUGACGACUACGGAGUCAUUACCCCUUCGGCCGUUGGUGUUGCCAUCUCGACAGAGCCCGCACAUUCCCCGGCUGAAAACCAAUUCGGCCCUAACCCGCCCUCCCCACCCACAAUUAUGAUUCAAGCACUUCAGAUGCUUCCGGAUAUGGCCAAAGGUUCCGCAUCUCAGCAGCAAGGAGGAUGGCAUGCGAAGCCUUUGCCACCAACGCCCGAUACUACUCCGACCACAACAGCUGCUCCUUAUGGCCAGUAUCAACAUUCCUUUCCCGUACAGCCAACUGCUUCGAAGGGCAUGCCUCGUGAUAAACGCCAGCUUGAUGUACCCUCGCCCUUUCCCGAAGCUGGCGAUGUUACCGAAGCGUCCGAUAGCAGACUCUCGGCCCAUCUGCCUUUCAUUCUGGCAUUCGACAGCGAUAUCUUAGCUCAGCAGUUUACACUGAUCGAGAAAGAUGCGCUGAACGAAAUCGACUGGAGAGAAUUGAUUGACAUGAGGUGGAAGAAUGCUGAGCAGAAGGGCUGUGACGCGCGCAGCUGGGUUUCAUUUUUGAGGGAUACGGAUGCGCAUGGCGUCGAGGUUGUCAUUGCCCGUUUCAAUAUCAUGGUGAAAUGGGCCAUUUCCGAGAUUGUCUUAACUCGCGACAUCGAGGAAAGGGCUCGUUGCAUCAUCAAGCUCAUCCACAUCGCAGCACAUUGUCGACGCUUCCGCAACUUUGCAACCAUGGCACAGUUGACCAUUGCGCUGAUGAGCAAUGAGAUUGGCCGUCUAAACAAGACAUGGGCGAUGGUUCCCUCCAGCGACCAGCGAACAAUGCAAGAGUUGGAGACGUUGAUGUCGCCUACAAGGAAUUUCUACAACCUGCGCAAAGAGAUGGAGGGCGGUGAUUCGAAGACGGCUGAUGAGGGAUGUAUCCCCUUUGUGGGAAUUUACACACACGACCUCCUCUUCAACGCCCAGCGACCGAGCGAGAUUGCGAGCUCUCCCACCACUUCACCUUUGGUGAACUUUGAGCGUUGCAGGAUCGCGGCCGGGGUGGUCAAGACGCUGCUGAGGCUUCUUGAAGCGAGCAACCGGUACUCUUUCCAGCCUAUUGAGGGCAUUACUGAGCGCUGCUUGUGGAUGGGUGCUUUGCAUGAUGACGAGAUUCGAAGGCUGGGUGAGAGCUUGGAGUGAAGAUGGACUCUUGUUUACGGCUGAUACCCUAUUACCGAUCCAUACCACCAGCCACAAUGCCUCUCGUCAUUUGUUUCGCCUACAACGACCGGACGGUUCCUUUCUUACUUUGUUUUGUUUUGAUUAUAUCU